ACACCCAGGGCAGAGAAAACGCCCUGCAAAGAGCUUCUUUGUUGACGUCAUUCCUGUGCGACAGGCCUCUCAGUACAAGACUACAGUCAGUGCAGUUCUGCUGAAAGAAGCUGAAAUGGGUGAGUCGCUGCUGAGGGCCAUUGUAUCAAAGUGUUUGAACAAUAAUUCACGGGCUUGAAUAACGCCGUUCAAGACCGUCAGCACGUUUCUCCCGCAGAGUCACAGUGGUUGCAAGAGCACGUCUUUUACCGACCGGCGCUGUUAGUUUUAAAGCUAACGUUAGCAGGCUAAUGUUAGCUAGCGGAGUCAGGCCCAGCAUAGAGCCGCAUAUCAGAGUUGACUAGCUUGUUUUUGUCAGCGACGCCAGUUAAAACAGCUAAUGGGGCAGAUGUAAUUGGUGCCAGUUCACUCAUUGUUCUGACAAAUUACAGCAACACAACUGGCAUAAUUAAUCCAGUUCGUUAGAAGUUUGGACUGUAUUUUAGUCUCAUAGUUAGCGUAGCCUGUAAACGUUAGCUUAACGUUAACUGAAUUCAAGCUAGAUAACUGCAUUAAAAUCAUGACUUCCAGGAGGACCGGCUAUGCGGGCAGCAUGGAUUCCUCUCCCUCAAAUAGCAGCAACAGCUCAGUCCACAGUGGAAAUCGUAAGCAAAGUAUAAUCAACAUUCCCGAAAGGACCGGGGUAGAGUCCUGUUAUGAUCGGAAAGCGGACAAGGCUGGAUACGGAGCUUCGCAGGGCAGCGUGACCGUAAUGUCGCUCAAAUCACGUCUCGCCCCGACCAUUCAAAGUGCCAUGUCCGCUGCAGUAGACACUCUCCUGGGCGAAGUGGUGCUUGUGCUCAAUGAGACUCAACAAGAGUUGCUACAUAAGGAACAAGAGAAUGAAAGACUCAAAGUGCGUCUGGAAGUGUCAGAGCGGGAGUUGAAGACUUUACAGGAGUGUCUGUGUAGUGCUCAGAAGCUCAUAGACCAGCUUCAGAUCUCAUACACGGGCCCUCAGUCAAUUAGUCAGUCCGUUUUCGCCCCAUCGCUGUCUUCCAUGGCUUCAAUGACUUCAGGCUUGGACCGGGAUCACCAGAACGCCCGAAAUGUGAAUGGAGCCGGUGUUGACAUGGGUCUCGGUGGCUCUGUGGAUGAUUCGCUUCAUGGGUUUGAGCCCAGAGAUGACUACAAAAUGUGCCAGCUUUCAAUCCAACCAGAUGGCUCUGUGACUAACCACGCUCUGGAAUCCUUUGCUUCCAACACAUCUCAUAUGUGCUCAGAUUCCAGCAGACCAGAUGAGCGGCAGUCUCAGGGACCAGGUGGAGCAUCCAGGUUUGAGAUUAAACAAGAGCAGGGGCCCACUUCAAGCUCUGGCCAGCCCAGCAGGAAGGAGCCUGGGUUGCCUGAUGACAACAGAGUCGAUGAUGGUGACCUUGGCUACGUUGAAGUCGGAGGGGAGGGAGGUUCCCAGCGUGCCUUUACUCACCCCAUGCGUCACCAAAGACCUGUGCGAGAAUGCGGUGGUGUGUUGCAACAGGGCGGACUUGAUGGACAGAAACCGUUGGCUAGGACUGCUGUAGGCGGGAGAGUGGACAGUGUCUCACCGGGCAGGGCAGAGGACUCUGCAGGACCUUCGGUCUGUGAUACAGUAGGGGAGCCCUCUGGAGAUCGGCCUCACCACUGCUUGGAGUGUGGAAAGACCUUCCGUCUGAUCUCCAGCUUGAAGAAGCACAUCCGCAUCCACACUGGAGAGAAGCCCUAUCCGUGUGGAGUCUGUGGUCGUCGCUUCCGCGAGUCAGGCGCGCUUAAAACCCACCUGCGCAUACACACAGGUGAGAAGCCAUACUCUUGCUCCGAGUGUGGAAACUGCUUCCGCCACCUGGACGGUUUGCGCAAACACAGGCGCACACACACCGGAGAGAAACCUUACGUGUGCGCCAUCUGUGGGAAGCGCCUGAGCCGCCUGCAGCACCUCAAACACCACCAGCUCAUCCACACCGGAGAGAGGCCGUGCUGCUGCCCCUUCUGCAACCGCAGCUUCAAGGAGCCCGCAGCGCUGCGGAAACACAUCCGCACGCACCGGGAGGAAGGAGGUCACAUGGGGAUUGGUGCCAGUGACGACACGGACCCAGACGCCUUGGAUGACAUUAACAACCUCCACCCAGCAGCUCCGUCCCCUCAGAUGAGGUUUGGGGAGUGGGGAGCUGAGGAGGACGACAGCUCGGUUGUGGACUGUGUGUAGGGCAUGAUUAAAGGAGUAACUGUCUGUUGGUAUUCUUACCACAAAACCUACUCCAGGUAAAUAAAAAAAGAAAACCUGGAAAAAGGUGUUUGUGUAGCUUAUAAACACGAUGGAUAAGGUCAUCUCUGUUCCAUGCUGUUGAAGUGAAGAAAGGGGCUAUAUAUAACCCUAGCAUUGGAGCUUUGUUUAUAUCAUUCUUUACACUCUUAGAUGUAAAAAUAACGUUUAAAAUGUUCGCUGUACAAGUAUUUUUUUCCCCCUGCACAUUCAUCAAGCAGCAGCAAUAGCGUAGAGGUUGUUCUUGGCACAGGGAGUUUGCUAGCUUCCUGGCAAUAAUUUGACAAAAAAAAGUGGACAAAAGCUGUUUCCUCACUUUAAAAAUAUAAGUGCCUUGAAAACAGGGUCUGAAAUUAACUUUUUUCCCUUUCUGCCAAAGUGGCGGAUGGCCUGACGAUUUCACAUGCCACUGCCAACAAUUUACCUGCAUUUGGCCGGUGAUAGUUUCAGACGCUGCUUGAACGCUCACUCAACCAUCAACUGAGUCGCUGCUGCUGCUGCUGUUCAAGAUAGUUCCCACCUGGAUUUUAGUCAAGACAAACUGUUUAUUGUUACUCAGCUACUAAUUAGGCAUGCUUUUGCCAACACACUGAGCUGCUCGGAUAGAUAGAAAUGGAUCCAUAGGGCUGGCUCAUGCUUUGUGUGUGGACAGACUUGCAGGAGCACAGACCAUGUGCAUUGUGUAGUUGGGCAUUAGAAACUGAACCUAAUAUCACUGUAUUUUUGGUUCAAUUCCUUGAUAUUAUUUGUAUUGCAGCCCUGUUGAGAAUGAUUCAAGUUUUUGAUGGUGCAUAAUAUAGGGAAGUCAUAAAAGAAAUAAUUUAUCGGUUUACUUAUAGUCAUUUGGUUUCUUCACCUAAUCGAUUUUAGUUGAGAAAGAUUUGUGAAAAUAGCUUUUUCAAUAAUCGUCCAGUUCCAAGUGGAUGCACUCGCAUUGAAAAAAAUCUAGUGUUUAUGAAGGACCAAAGCACAUUUGUGAAUAUUGUAAUGCCACAGAUGUCGCCACUAUUUCUAAGUAAUAAUUAAUGACCACAAAAAUCCCAUGCUAGUGGAGUCGCAGUCUAGCCCAAUGAUGCCACCUGUAAGCUAAAAAGCAUUUACAUUUACACUGUUGUGAGUGUGUGUCUUCAUGAAGCAUGAACCAGUUUCACAUUUGAGUCAACAGCAUCAAGCAGAAGCUAUCUAUGUCAAGAAUAUCUAAAUUUGAAGCAAUCCAGACUAUUUGUUAAGUCAUUUGAAGGGGGCACAGUCUGUUGGCAUCACUGCAUGCACUCAGAUCAACAAUGGAAACACUUUACCGCUUGUCGAGUCUUGAUUAUCAUCUCUCUCUCUCUCUUAUGGACCAUAUUUUAGCAUUCCAUUUUUUUGUUUAAGAUGCUGCUACUGUAUGUCUAGAAAGCCUUUUCUUUUCUGGACUUAUAUUAUUGUAACCAGACCGUCACUGGCAAUUACUAGCGGACAGAUUUUGGUGCUUGCAUGUGCAUAUCUGCUCCUCCGCUGGCAUUAAUGCCUCCUGGCUGUUUCUGUACAUAUGUAUGUAGUUUUAACCAUUUUAUCUGGAUUAAUGAGGGUUAACAUUUGUGGGAAAGUUAAUGUGCAACAACAAAAAAAAAAAAAAAAAAAAAAAAAACACAACAUGCUUUUAAAACAUCAGUAUGCUGACAUGCAAUGUAAUUAUAUAUAAUCUUACUAAAACUCUUCCUGAUGUGACACUGAUGCAUCAGGGUUAACAGCAGACCAUUAAUCUUUUCAGCCUUUACUCUGUAGGUCUCUGGUGUCAUUUACAGUAUACUACUAUAACAAUCUCCAUGUAACUAUUCUAUGUACAUUUACAGGUGUAAGUCAUUUCAAAAGGCACUAAAAAUUUUAAAUAUUUGUUACUGUAUACCCAGAAUACGAUUUGCCAUGGUAGUCUUGAUCCCAGAUUAUCAUAUUUAUUGUUUUUUGUAUUACAUACAGAGGGGGCCUUUGCAUGUAGGUUUAAACUGAAACGGCAGUGUUACAUGUGAAAAAUUAAAAACUUCUUUUAAUUCAUCUGUGUUCAACACCUAUUGCCCAUUGCCCAACAUUCAUUGUGUUACCAACUGUAAAUGUUACUAUAUUAAAGGGCCUUGUUUGUACUUCU